AUGGCCCGCAAAUUGGCUCUGCUCUUGAUAUUAAUGCAAUCGACUCAAAUCCUCGCCCUUCCUACGCCCUCGGAAAACCCAAUCGCAUCCAAAUCCCUUGCGUCAUCCAACCCGCACAGUAAGCGUUACUACUUCCCGGAAACCAUCCCCGAUCAAGAUGAGGUCGCAGCCAUGUUGAAGGAGACAGCCAUGCGCGAAGCAGGCUUCGUACCCUCGUCCAUCGGGUCACCUUCAAAACCAGAGCCGGAAUCAAAGGAACAUAACACGGAGACGGAGCUACGAAUUUCACUUCCGGAUCCGCAUGCAGCGAUCGGCACGGAUGCCCCGGCAAUCCCACAACCGGAUAGCUACACACACCAAGACACCGAGCUGAGCCAGUCCCAGUCGCAGUCCCGUCUGGAAGAGUCGGUCGUGGUCAUGUUAGGAUCCGACAUUUACCCGAUUUACUGGCCGCCGUUUGGAUUCUUUGUUGUCUCGGCUGCGAUCGUGUGUUUCUUUACCGUGCUGCGGGGGAUGCGCGCUAAGAAGUGA